AUGAUUGACGUGGUUGACUGGCCAAUCGAGGCCCGGCUGCUCGUUGGUGGGGCAGAGUCAUCAAUGCGUAACAUGGCUCGUCGACCACGCAGCAGCCGUGCCUGGCGCUUUGUAUUGAGUGGGGUACGCAGAGACCAGGACACUCGGGCACCAGCUCUGCCGGCAGGAGAUGAAUCCUGGGGCUAUGAUUCCGACGGACAGCACAGCAACAGCGACUCUGAGAUUGAGCUCCUGCACUUGCCCCCCUCCAUACCCAGCGCAGUGCCCGUGACGGGCGAAUCAUACUGUAGCUGCGACAGCCAGAACGAUGCCUACUGCUCCAGCCUGCACACCUUCCACCAGAUCAAGAGCUGCCAGUGCGGAGAGGACGAUGACUAUUUUGACUGGGUGUGGGAUGACGGCAGCAAAUCCACUGCCACCGUGCUGAGCUGCGAUAACCGGAAGGUCAGCUUCCACACGGAGUACAGCUGUGGCACGGCCGCAAUCCGAGGCAACAAGGUGCUCACUGAAGGGCAGCACUUUUGGGAGAUUAAGAUGACCUCGCCCGUCUAUGGCACAGACAUGAUGGUUGGCAUUGGCACAUCGGAUGUAAACCUGGACAAGUACCGGCACACCUUCUGCAGCCUGCUGGGGAAAGAUGUGGAGAGUUGGGGUCUCUCGUACACAGGGUUACUCCAGCACAAAGGUGACAAAAACAGUUUCUCCUCACGCUUUGGCCAAGGGUCAAUUAUUGGAGUGCAUCUGGAUACUUGGCAUGGGGUGCUGACCUUCUACAAGAACAGGAAGUGUAUCGGUGUAGCAGCCACUCAGCUGCGGAACAAGAAGUUUUUCCCCAUGGUCUGUUCUACAGCCGCGAAGAGCAGCAUGAAAGUGAUCCGCUCAUGCUGCUGCCGUACCUCCCUCCAGUACCUGUGCUGUGCCCGCUUGCGCCAGCUGCUUCCUGACUGUGUAGACUCUCUGGAGGCAUUACCUCUCCCUCCAGGUCUCAAACAAGUGCUGAGUAACAAGCUCGGCUGGGUCCUACAGAUGGGAAUCAGCCCUUCCAGGCAGCGCAAAAGUGACACUGCAGCCGCCGCCUCCUGCGGGAGCGACUCAGACAGCAGCUGCCCGCCGGGCGCAGAGGAAUGUCAGCGGAAACGGUGCCGCAGGGUUUAACAGCAGCUCUAGGCAACAGGUGCCCACCGUCUGCCAUAGCACCCCACUGUGAACUUUUGCAAAGACAGAAAAACAAAGUUUAAAAAAAAAAAAAACUCAAAGGACCUCAAAGAUGAUCAUGAAGGGACAAUGGAAACGGGAGCUGUGCUCUCACCAUGUCGAGUGGUGACCUUGAGACCUCUGAAUGAUGGUGCUAGAUCAA